AUGCCUGAGUUUCAACAUGCUGCAGACGACAAAAAAUGUCUAUACCGCUACGAAUCCGGGGUUAUCCAGCUGAACGUGGAACGCCUAGGGCAGAACUCCAGCAGCAAAGCGCCCUGGGCUGUUUUAACCACCGAAUCGACCGACAGUGGAGAAAAUGCUCAACAACACCCAACACUUAUUAGGAGUCAAAUUACCUGUGCUUUACACCCUACGCUGUCCGGAAAUGACGGGCUCCCGUGGACGUUGAAUCGAUUACGAAUGGAGUAUACUAAAGGCGCGGAGAUUGUAUCUCCCGAAAGCCAAUUUUGCAUCAGCUCUGCUAUAAUCUUCUGCAAUCUUCCACACCUUUAUCCAACUGCCAGGGGCAGCAGCUCCGCAGAACUCGAGGAUAUCAUGCUUGUGCUGUGGGCCGAUCCAAAUAUAAGCUUUUUUAAGCGCGACGCAGAGCAAGAACGCGAUGCUAUGGUGGCUCAGCUUGAGAAAGUGCUUUACCGGGCGGACGAGCUCUAUCGCACUCUUGCGCAACAGGGGUGUGAGUUUUCGAUCUUUCCAUCUCCAAGACCGUUCGAGUUGUGUCUGGCCCGAGCUAAGGAGACUGGUGGGGUAUUUGAAGAGGGUGACUGGGAUCGAAACCGGGGUGCUGAGUCCCGUGUCUGGCGCAGUGUUGAGCCAAAUACAUUGAAGAAUGAGUCAUCAAGCAGCACAUGCAUGGAUGGGAAACCAGGCUAUUGGAUUCGAACAAGCUUUUUCGAUUGGUUUGAAAGGAAGGAUAUGCAGUUUGUUUGA